UCUGUUCUAUCGUGUGUUUCGACAUGCGGUACCAGCAGCUGCCUUGGUGAAAAAUUAAAAAUGUGACUGUGCUUAUUAAUGAGAACCUAAAAAUCCGUUUUUUCACCUAUAAUACGAUCCAUAAUAGUAUGACUAUUACGUUAAUUUUUACAUCAUAACGUUCAGAACACAACAUCAAAUAGUCAUUUCGAAGUGCACCUACAUCAUUUGUGUUUUUCGCGAGUUAAAAAACGUCGAGCCGUCUGCCAUAAACCCAACAGGAAGAGCUAUACCAAUAUGGCUGACCAACAGGCAGUAAGUGCGCCAGAACAGCAGCAGCAGCAGCAGCAACCACAACAGGCGCCUCAGCAAACCCAACAACAGCAACAGCCGCAGCAGCAACCGGAACAGCAAAUCCCAGCUAGUAACAAGUCAGCGGUUCCACAGCAACAGAAGGAAGUGAUAGCCACUAAGGUUACCGGUGUAGUCAAAUGGUUUAACGUGAAAAGUGGCUACGGUUUCAUAAAUCGAGGUGAUACUCAAGAGGAUGUAUUCGUUCAUCAAUCGGCUAUUGCUCGAAACAAUCCGAAGAAAGCCGUCCGUUCCGUUGGCGAUGGUGAGGUUGUUGAGUUCGAUGUUGUCAUUGGAGAGAAAGGCAAUGAGGCAGCUAAUGUGACUGGUCCGCAGGGCGAACCAGUGAAGGGUAGUCCAUACGCUGCUGAAAAACGUCGCGGUUAUCGUCAGUGGUGGCAGAAACGUGGCCAGCGUCGUCCAGGGCCGCCGAGAUCCAAGGAUGGUACCGUGGAUGGUCAAAAUAUUGUCGAACAAAAUGAUGGCCAGCAACAGCAGCAGCAGCAGCACCAACAACCCCAGCAUACGCAGCCGCAGCAAACAAAACAACUCCCAGAUCAGCGUCGCUUCCGCCCACGUGGAAGAGGUGGAUAUUCUUACUAUCGUGGACCUCCACCGCGAGGACCUCGUCGUGAUGGACCCCCAAUGAACGACAAUGGUAUGAUGGAUCCAAAUCAGAUUGAUGACGGUCAGAAUGGUAUGCGCCAGGGUGGACGUGGAGGUCCAAGACGUUUCUUCCGUCGUAACUAUCGCAGCGGUGGAAGAGGUAUGUCCGGACCGGGAGGUCCUCCCAGACGGGGAGGAUAUCGUGGUGAUUACCAGAAUGACUAUCAGCAAAAUGGCCCGGAACAACCACGUCGUAUGCCUCCGGGGCGUGGUGGUGGACGACCACGCUAUCCACGCCGUGGGGCGCGGAACACUCAGAGACCGAGGAGCGAUGUCGGAACCGGCGGUAACAACAACGCCGUCCAAAAUACUAUCACCGAAAGCUCUGCAUAAACUUCGGUAAAAACGCGAAGCCAGAUAUUCAACGGCAGGAUGGUAAUUAGCAGCAGCAACAUUUGUAACAUCAUAUUAGCACACAUUAACAACUAACAACGGUGAGCCAAACAACAUUCUUGUGUUCACAUUGUGUGAAAAUGUCUCUUUGAAAUGAGUCUUGAAGCGCGUAGAAUAUAGAGAGUUAUAAUAUAACCAUUCAAUUGAAAACCAAAUUGAAUAUUGGAUCGUGUUAUGAGCGGAAAAUGUUUCAAUUUUUAUUCGAAUAGGAAAGGCGAAGGAUAAUCCAAUAACAGGGGAGAAACAGCAGCUCGUUUGAAAGAGUAGUGCAAGAAAGCAGCACUUCCGGGUUAGGUUGGAUUUACUAUUUUUUCUAGUUGAUUCAGCGUUGAUCGUCGGUAACAGCCUCUUGAAACCAUCAAUAUCUCUAUCCCCAACAUAAAUGGAUGAUCUUACAUCAACAGAAUACAUACAAGACAAAAUUGCACAGUCCUGUUGCGGAGGCCUUAUGACACCGUUAGGCUACUCAUAUCAUUGUAGCAGAUAUUGUUAGUUCGAGAUACGCGGUCGCUAGUGGCGCAGAUUCACAAGAAUCAUAGUGGUUCAACGACUCUUACCCUCAGUACUAUAUUCGUAAUGUAUUUUUAUAUCGUUUUCUAAAAUCUGAAAUACAUGUUAUUUGUUGUCUCGGAUCGAGUAACUCGACAAAUGUUCAAAUUUAAUGCUAAUCCUGUUUCAUCAAAUAAAAAAAAACAAAUCAAAACCACCAAUAUUCGGUUUGGUAAUAUUUUUUUGAUUUGCUAAUAACUACAUCGUUGGUAAUACCGAAAUAAUAAAGUUAAAUACUAGAAGAGAAAAAAACAACAGCAAUUAAAUUUCUAAUGAACAGCAAAUGUAGAUGAACAAGUGUUAACGUAAAGUAAGGUACAUAAUGUAGCAGGAAAAGGAAAAGAAAA